GUCACGUGGGCGGUUUGCGCUCAGUGCGGCUGCGCCAGCCGGUAGCUGGAGCUGGAGCGGUGGCGUUUGGAGAAGACUCGAAACUGGAUGGCUUCUACGGGGAGCCAGACCUCUGAUAUAGACAAGAUUUUGGGAUUCUUCAGUGAUGGUGAACCCUCCACCAAAAAGCCCAGGAAGCUACUUCCAAGCUUAAAAGCUAAGAAGCCUCGGGAACUUGUGCUGGUGAUUGGAACAGGCAUUAGUGCCGCAGUUGCACCACAGGUUCCAGCCCUGAAAUCCUGGAAAGGGUUAAUUCAGGCCUUACUGGAUGCUGCUAUUGAUUUUGACCUUCUAGAAGAUGAAGAGAGCAAAAAGUUUCAGAAAUGUCUCCAUGAAGAUAAGAACCUUGUCCAUGUUGCCCAUGACCUUAUUCAGAAACUUUCUCCUCGUACCAGUAAUGUUCGAUCCACAUUUUUCAAAGACUGUUUAUAUGAAGUAUUUGAUGACUUGGAGUCAAAGAUGGAAGAUUCUGGAAAACAACUCCUGCAGUCCAUUCUCCAUCUGAUGGAAAAUGGAGCCCUAGUAUUAACUACAAAUUUUGAUAAUCUCCUUGAACUCUAUGCAGCAGACCAGGGAAAACAGCUUGAAUCCCUUGACCUUUCUGAUGAAAAAAAGGUCCUGGAGUGGGCUCAGGAGAAGCGGAAGCUGAGUGUGUUACAUAUCCAUGGGGUCUACACUAACCCUAGUGGCAUUGUCCUCCAUCCAGCUGGAUAUCAGAAUGUCCUCAGAAACACUGAAGUUAUGAGAGAGAUUCAGAAACUCUAUGAAAACAAGUCAUUCCUUUUCUUGGGUUGUGGCUGGACAGUAGAUGACACCACUUUCCAGGCCCUGUUCCUAGAGGCUGUCAAGCAUAAAUCUGACCUGGAACAUUUCAUGCUGGUUCGGAGAGGAGAUGUAGAUGAGUUCCAGAAGCUUCGAGAAAACAUGCUAGACAAGGGGAUUAAGGUCAUCUCCUAUGGAAAUGACUAUGCUGAUCUUCCCGAAUAUUUCAAACGACUGACAUGUGAGAUCUCUACAAGGGGCAGAUCAGCAGGGAUGCCGAGAGAAGGCCAGCUAAAUGGUUCAUCUGCAACACACAGUGAAAUAAGAGGCUGUAGUACCUGAAUGAGCUGGAGAAACUACCACCAUCAGACCAUGCUGUAAGGCCUUCCUGUGCAGUGUUUAAAAAGCAAACUUAACAAGAACUCAGCACAGCUCCCAGGAGUACCCAGAAGCUGAAGUUUGGGGUAGAAUAGGGGUGGCAGUGUUCCACCUUUCCCUUCAUGCCGGCUGUUUCUUGAUACUCUGCUGACUGGUCCAGUUUAAUAGCCAGUGACAUCAGGACUCAGUGCAGCCCCCACCUACCCCACAGGCUGGACAUGCUUGUGUCCACAGAGCAGACCUAUGUGAUGGCUCUGGCUCUGGCUGCAGCUCUGCAGAAGGACUUGGGGAACUAUAAGUCAUGGGGUCAGUGGGCUCUUGUUGCAGUUUUGUACUCUACUUGGUUUUUCAAUUAAGCUUAACGGUUUUUUUAAAACAUGACUCGAAGCUCUAGUUUUCUAGAUCUUUUACAGUGUACAGUAUUUUACAUAACUGAGCUGUAUUAAAAGCUUGUUCAUUUACUUGACAGGGCCCUGGCUCUUUGAAGAGUCACUGUAGAAACUAAACCACCUAAUUUUAAGUCUAAACAGUCUUUCACCUUAGGGUGAUUACAUUCUCAGGACAACCAUUCACCCAAUUCCUCAGCACUACCAGUUCCUGCUUUGCCCUUCCUACCCUGAGAAAGCUCUAAAACUAGUGUGUUUAGUUUAAAAUCCUAUAUAAAGUAAGUUACGGAACAGAGGCAGUUUAUUUAUGAAAUUUAUUUUCUUAUAUAAAUUAUGUAUUUCUCUGGGCAGACAGCCUUCACCUUAUUGCACUAAUAACACAUCUGUAAUACCAAACUACAGGACAAGUCUUUAACAAGAGAUUUGUAUUCUUCAACAUAGCACUUGUCUACCAGGCACUGUAGAAGAGGAUGAGGAAAAGCCAGGGACCUGCUCAGGAGGCCAGGAAUGGGCUGGGGCAUGGGACAACAGAUACCCUUCUGACUGUUGGUUUUCUCCCAGGAAGUUGAACAUGCAAAGCUUACAUCUGGAUUCUGGGAGCUGGGAGGAGUUGGAAGGCUGAGAAGUCCAAUGUGACACUGCAGCUUAGCUCCCUUUGUUUUAAGGGAAGAGUGGGGUUCACCUUUCAUUUUGUAACAAGGCCUAGCUGAUGCUUUGGGGCAAUAAUAGGGCAAGGGUCAUCAUCAGAUUUAGAACUAGCAGCAAUUAAGAAUGGGCCACAGUGAGGUGGCUAUCAUCCUGGCACCAGGGACUUGAAAGCUAUGUACUCUAGAGAGGUGCCAUUCAAGACUCAGAGCUGGCUCUGGAAGUCUCUUACACAGUGGAGCUGGGAGUUCAAACUGCUCCUUAAUUCAGGUGGUUCUUGAUCACACUAAUUAGCAAUACUUAGGUGUUGGGUCUUCCAACCAUUGGUCAAAGCUACAAGACUUAAGUCUGUAGGCAGAGUGAAGG